CAACCGCAGACAAAAGAAGAGCAGAAUGGCCAAAAUCUCGGCUGUGGCGCCGGAAAUAGCCCUGAUCUUGACCAAGAUUCGGACUUCAAUUUAAGUGAGCGCGUUUGGGUUUCCGAUAGGGAGACGUCCGACUCCUGGAAAGAAGUUUUCCGUCCGCGUCGCGGCUCUUCUUGCGGGAACAUGACGGAAGCGGACAAGCUGACGAAAAGCGCCAAGGACUUAGUCGUGCAAAAGGCAGUACCCUGUGGACAAAUGCCAACGUGGAUCACCACCGAGCACUUCAUAGAGCGCGAGGAGGAACGUCUCUACGGCACUAUCUGGCAAGGCUAUGUGUGGAAGGCGACGCAGGAUCCAAGUUCGGAGUGGCAGUGCGAGCACGAGAAUAAGAGUGACCCGCAAAACCAUAUGUUGCUAUGUAAGGUGAAAUUGGACAAUACUUUAGUGGUUGUUCUAAAGGCCGACACUGACAGCAAAGUAAUCAAACUGCUCACGGUGUACCUCAAAGGUACUGACGACGCGAGGAAAGCCGUCGAACAAGAAGAGAAAAACAGGAUGGCCCGUACGGGACCUCCACGUAGACGAGGUGGAAGUUAAUAGAUGAGUCUGCGUACGAUCACCAUCACGCACCAAACGGAAAAAAAAAGUGGUCGUGAAGCAUCGCGUCAUUAUUGAAAUACAGAUCAGAUGAAACUCACAUCAUAAAAAGAUUUGAAAGACGCGGGAUGUACAGUCACGAAAAUAGACCAGAGAAGU